AUGUCUAAUCAGCAACAAUCAUAUACUAUUUGGUCACCACAGGAUACUGUCAAGGAUGUCGCCGAGUCGCUUGGUCUAGAUGGAAUUAGUGAUGAUGUUUUGAAGGCUCUCGCUAUGGACGUCGAAUAUCGAAUCCUUGAAAUUAUUGAGCAAGCCGUGAAAUUUAAACGUCAUUCAAAGACAGAAGUGCUAUCUACUGAAGAUGUGGCAAAGGCCCUGAAUGUACUGAAUGUAGAGCCACUCUAUGGUUACCAUGAUGGCUCCGCUAGAGAUAAAGAUGUCACUUUUAAACGUGUGAAUGUCACUGGUGGACAACCAGUUUAUUAUAUAGACGAAGAAGAAGUGGAUCUAGAUAAAUUAAUAAAUGAACCUUUGCCACAGGUGCCACGUUUACCAACAUUUACUACACAUUGGCUAGCAGUAGAAGGUGUACAACCCGCUAUUGCACAAAAUCCUAAUAUCAACGAAAUUAGAACUACGAUUCCUCCAACUACAAGAGGUGCAAUCGUCUCAACAUUAAAUACUAACUCUUUACAAAGUUCUUCUUCUAAUAACCCAGUUACUCAAAAACAAAAUGAAACUAAUAGUAAUGGACAAACAUCUCUACCAGUAACUGCCGUGAAACCGGGUCAAAAUACCAACGUUGAAGUAAAGCCUUUAGUUAAACACGUUCUAUCUAAAGAACUACAAAUUUAUUUCAAUAAGAUUAUUUCAGCACUAACUGCGAAGGAAAAUAGUAAUGACUUAUCAGAACAUAAUAGUCACCAACAACAUCUCAAAGCUGCUGCUUUAACUUCUUUAAAGACUGAUAGUGGGUUACAUCAAUUGGUUCCAUACUUCAUUCAAUUUAUCGCAGAACAAAUUACACAUAAUUUAUCAGAUUUACAAUUACUAACGACAAUUCUUGAAACAAUCUAUUCGUUGCUAAAUAAUCCUUCCAUCUUUUUGGAGCCUUAUAUCCAUUCCUUAAUGCCAUCUAUUUUAACCCUGUUAUUGGCCAAGAAGCUCGGUGGUGCUCCAACCUCAGAGACUCCUGAAGCCACCAAUGAUUUCUUAGAGAAGACCAACGCAUUACGUGAUUUUGCUGCUUCAUUAUUAGAUUAUGUUCUAAAGAAAUUCCCAGAGGUGUAUAAAUCCCUAAAACCUAGAGUGACAAGAACACUGUUGAAGACUUUCCUAGAUACAAACCGUGUUUUUGGUACUUAUUAUGGCUGUCUUAAGGGUAUAACUGUUCUAGAAUCAGAAUCUAUCAGAUUUUUUUUUGGUAACCUACACAAUUGGGCCAGAUUAGUGUUUAACGAACAGAAUUUAACACUAGAUCAAUGUUCCGAGUCAGAAACUAUAAUAAACAACAAAACUAAAUUUACUGAUAAAGAAUUAUUUUACUUAGUAGAUGUGGUAAUAAAUGCAAUUUGUGUCCUUAAGAAGGAUUUACCAGAGAUAUAUGAAGAAUCUGGAGAAGAAAAGAAGGAAAUAAAUGAUGAUACCAAACAAAAAUUGGUCUAUAGGACUGGGGUUAUAAUUGCUAGCCAAAUACUCAAGAGAGAUGAUGCUAGGCAGUUAGUAGAUGCAAUGUUCUUUGGGGAAUGA